GCAACCGGCGCGUCCUCCCCGCCUACCAAUCGGCAUGCUCGGCUCGGGCUCCGCGCUCUGUGAGCAAGCCGAACCGCAGCGAGCGGCCACGCACGCACGCACGCACGCACGCAUCUCGCCAGUGAUGGCCUCUGCUGAGCAGCGCAGCGCAUAAGGCAAAUACCGACCUUUGCGCCCCCCCCUCCCCGGACGUGCGCCGCCAUGUACAGCGUGGAGGACCUGCUCAUCUCGCACGGAUACAAGCUACCCAGGAGCGGCCCGCCGUCGGCCACAGCUUAUGACAAACGGCCUGCCGACUGCCAGCGUGAGCUCCUGCUGGACAACCGGGCGGGCCGGGCAACGGCGGGGGCAACGCUCAACGGCUAUGAGGCGGAGCGUGGCGGGGCCUCGGCGGGCGGCAGCGGCUUAUACAGCAGCAGGCCGGCGCCCCUCAAGGGUUAUAUGGACAAUGAGGGCGACAGGAGGAGGAAGGAGGCCUUCCUCGGUAUCCUAGGUGACGCUCAGGCUUUGGGUGAUUCUCUGGCUACAGACAGCGGUUUCUAUGAUGUCCCAAGUUUGACCUACUCCGAGCCGCUAAGCCACGAUGAGAGGGAUAUUUCUUACUGGCGGAGACGAGGACAAGACUUUAGCAUUCUCCUGGACUAUGCUGAUGGCAGGGAGCUAAGGGCCUCUGCUGGAGCAUGGAGACCACAGGCCCUCAUCGCGGCCGAGGAACUCAGGGCGGAGAGGCAAGCGCAACAACUGUGGGAGGAAAUUUCCUGGCUGCGGGACCAAGAUGCACCCGGUCAGCUGAGGGUGACUGGGGAGCGUAAGUGUCAGAGCCUUGGCACUGAGGAGUGGAGGCCCGCCGUGGGCCUGGGCAGGCAGUUGUCUGAUGGGGACGGGGAAAGGUGGGCUUUAGAGCAGUAUCACCUGAGGACGCCUGAAGGAUUUUUUCACCCGAGAACAAAAGCUAAGUCUCAGUCUCUCCCAAGAGUUUUGUCACCUGACGGACUAAACAGCAGAGAGCUUAUUCCAUCCAGACCAAGCCAACCAGAUAGACCGCAAAGGCUAAGCAGCACUCUUUUCUCCGGGCCCUAUAGUCGGUAUAUUUAUAGCAGCGCGAUUGGCAAGGACCGGUGGGGUAGGAAUGCUGGGCCAAGCAGUCAUGUUGCACUUUUACCAAAGCCUAGGUUCAGUAGGCCUUUGAAGCCGCCAUCGUAUGAGAUUCACCAGCAAAUUAGGGGUAGCGCAGAAAUGCUUGCGAUAGACCAGGGUCUCAAGCUAAAAGACAGGCCUAUCUUUUAUUCUAGGGGCGGGGAGCUGCGGCAUGACUAUUUUGCACAACACUCACUCUCUGGAAUGGAGCCCCCGGGCUACAUCCCGCCCCCGUCUUAUAAAAGAGUCCUACCCCCAAGAGCUGUGUCAAUCAAUCGUAACGAAAUGCUAAACCUGCGGUGGCGCUCAGACUCCCUGCAGCCCAGCUCAGACCCCGGGAGAUGGCUAACACGGCACAUGGGUGAUUCAUGGCUGGAACACUAUGGAGAUCGUGGGGCGUCCUAUCGAAAACAGAUACCCUCUGGACACAAAGAGCAACUGAGUCAAGUUCGUCAAGUACCAGCUGAAGACACAAGAGCAAAUCAAAUCUCAGGAGGGUCCGGUGGAAAUUCUCUGACCGACUCAGACAAGAUCCGGAACAUUAACAAAGAGAAUCCAUCCGCUAAGAAUUUAGGACAAUCUACAUGUGAUAGUGCCUUUCCUCCCCAACAGGGGCAAUCCCUCAAUGCUGGUCGCAAGACGACCCUAACUGAAAAUGAUAGCAGUACUCGAUGGGGCAACAGAGGAUUGAACAAAAAAAGUGACAGUGUAGGUCCUGAACAAAAUCGUAGUCAGUUUUUCCCCUCGUCUAUUCUGGGUAAACCACCACCACCCCCGUGCAAGCCGUCUGAACAGGUUGUCUCUGAAACUGUACCAGAAGUAAAGAAAGUCGAACAGCCCGAACCACCGGAGAAAGAUAAGUCCAAGAAUCUCAAAAAGAGACUCAGCGAGACCAUCUUUUGUUUGGUUUCUGUUCCGGUCACCCCACAGUUAACUGGUACAACCCGUGAUCAGAAUAACAAUAAUGAGAAGUCACCAGACCCAGCCGAUAGUCCCAGUGACAACAAAACAGGCCAUUUAACGAACCAAAGUCUCCAAAGCACAUCUUCAGCCGAGGCAGAGCUGCAAGCAUUAACUGGUAGCAUUGCGAGCAGCAAGACGAGUAGCCGAGCAAGCAGCAAAAUGUUCAAAAAGUUGCCCUGCAGACCCCCUAAAAUCAACCAUUACAAAGAGCUGAAGUUGUCAGGAUCUUGGCCCGCAAACCAAUACCGUGACCAGGAGACGCAAACUAGCCCUGAGGCCGAAAAACCUGACCCUGAAAACAAGGAAGCACAAGAGGACCCUAUUCCUGCUGCCACCGAAGCCCCUGCAAAUGGUGGCGGUGUGGGGGGAACUACCUUCACUUUCCCUAUCAAGGGAGUGAAGAGUCUAAAACUUUCAAGCAACAGCGCCUUCUCCCUGACCACCACUUUCUCCAACCAGCUGAACAAGAGCACAGCUCAGCAGCCAGCAGUGCCGCCCUCAGGAAAUGUGGAGAGCAAACCAGCAGCGAACAGCGGGCAGGAGGUGUUCAAGGUUCCAGAGUUCUUGCUGAAACCGAUCGUCAGCCAGCGACCAUGGGAUGCUGUCAAAGAGCUGGAGGCAAUCCAAAAAGAAGUCCAGGAUCAACAGCAGCAUCAGAAACAGAGCAGCAAACAGCCAAGCGUUGACAAAUGCAUCGAAGACCUCAACGAGGCCUACAAAGAUAUCUUGGAGCUCGGCGCUGCCAGCAAUAAAGUCCCAGAUGGGUCCGUUGAAAUCCCUGAGCGUAUCAAAAUCCGGCUGACGUCCCAGCCUCUCAACAAACCCAGCAGCCUUAGGCGCAGUGCAGUCAGCUGGUCUGUUGAUCCCGAAUACAGGGAAGUCAAGAGCGCCUUCUCUAGGCCUGCCACAAAGUCGGUCACAUUCAGCAAACAGCUAAGGGAAGAACUUCCUGUGCCCCCUCGGGAGUCAGGCUUUCGAGAAUACAGGGUUGUUCCUCAUCUUCCACGUAGACGUAGCACCGACGGCAGGACCGUGAAACUGGACCUCCCGGACGAACCCAUUGAGACGCCACUGUGCGACUUCAGCCCAACGACCAAAAGUGCGGCGGCGGAGGUGCCAUGGGCGGACCGACAACCCAUGCAGGACGCCUCCACUCUCACGAGCCCUCCUGACUAUGAAGACAUAUGCCAGACUUUGCGGCACUCUCGGGAUUCAAACGAUCCUAAUGACCCGGUGGGUCCUCAAGAUCUCGAUUCAGAGGAGGAGUGUCCUAUUUGCAAAAGGGAGCUGGAGAACCAAUUGAGACAGGGCCCGCUGCCUCCUCUCCAUGAGGAGAACAGCUCGGAUAGCUCGGUCAAUCCAAAUGGAAGUCCACCACAGCGUGCUGCAGUUGAAAGUCCGUCUGAGAAUGCGAGGAAUCAAGAACUGCAGAACUCAAAUCCCGACCAGACGGGGUUUGAUUUGAGCACGAAUGCAGGGAAAAAGGAUUCAUCAACACAAGACAAUUUGGGAGAGGUUGCAGAAACUGUAGAUGGAUCUACGGAUGAGGUAGCAGACUCAGAGGAACGGAGUCAAACUGAGUUGGUGGAGUCAGCACAGAAAGAAGUCACUAAGGAGGAAACGGCCGAAUGUGUCAAGGCUGACUCUGGACUAGGGCAAGAGGGACAAACCGACAUGGCUUCGGAUGACAAGCAGGAGCAAGAGAGGAAGCUAGUUGCGCUCGCGGAACAUAGACUUGUUCUAUGGACCCAUCCAGGGCGAGAUCACACCGGGUUGCCAGAGUUCCCACCAGAGAGACUGCCACUUUCAGUCGUGCCAAAGCUCGACCGCAGGCUGUCUCUGAGCUUGGAAGGGGAACGGCGGGGCAAUGCGCCACCUGACCGAUUUGAAGCUCUGCAGAAUAAGCUAGCCAUUUCUCCUGGCCAAGGGGCCGCGGAACGCCUGGGCAGGAUGAGGGAGGUGGACGUGAUGUAUCGCGUGAGACGCCUCAGCAUCAGGAGCACUGACUCUGGGGAGGGAGAGGGGGAGGGCAAGGACUCCCGGGAUCCCUCCGGCGCUUCGCAGAGAGGUGGGGAGAGCAAAGAUGAAGAAGUGGCUGGAUCCUGCCAGUUAUUGGACGAAAGUGCGAGGCACGGUGACAAGUCGACUUUCAGAACGCUGUGAUAGCUGGAGACAGCGGCGAUGGCGUGGAAAAAGACAGCGUCCAUCGUGUCCCCAUCUCAAGGUUUUAGCGCUCCACACAACACUGUGAACUGGCUGCCUAAUUUAGAAUGCCUUCAUCUUCAUCUCUUGACACUGAAAUGGCCUUCUUGUCCGACGAGAGCAUUGUGUAAACACCCUCACCCUCGGCUUGACUUCUAAGAGUGCUGUUCCACUGCCAAAAGGGAGGUGCCCCCCCCCCCCACACACACACACACACACUACCCAACCCAGCCUACCCCCGAUAACCAACUUCUUCAACCUCCCCCCAGUCUUCUCCCGAUGCUUUUCUCAUUGGCAGACAUUAUGCAACUCAUCCAUGCAUACGACGACAGUGAAUACACUCGAGAAUCUGCGCAUUACGAAUGUAAGCAUUAAUUUGAGGGUCUUGCUAUUAUUUGCUGUACCAAAAUAAAGUCACUACUGCAGCGGUGGCGCCACCGCUCAUUGCGACUGUGUUUGGCUCGAGAACUGUUUUUGAUUUCCUGUCAUGGCUCGGCCUUUCUUUACCUCUGUGACAUUAUGCCCUCGCCAAC